AUGGCUCCCAGUACCACUCUCAUGAUCCACAUGGAAGAGAAACUGCUGCCAAAAGAAAAGAACAAACUGAGGAAGCCGGUGGUGGAGAAAAUGCGCCGUGACCGGAUUAACAGCAGCAUCGAGCAGCUGAAACUGCUCCUGGAGAAGGAGUUUCAGAGACACCAGCCCAACUCCAAGCUGGAGAAAGCCGACAUCCUGGAAGUGGCUGUCAGCUACCUGAAGCAGCAGAGCCAGGCGCAGGACCACACAUUCAUUCACAAGAAUCUGGAGCAGGACUUUAACAGUGGAUACCUGCGGUGCCUCAAGGAAGCUAUGCAUUUUCUGUCCUACUAUGAACCCAAGAAGGAAACUCAGGUGCAGCUAAUCAAGCAUUUCUGCAAAGCUCAGAUGGGCGCAGAUGCCAUGUAUGCUCCUGCUCUGCAUAGCCCACCUCUGUCACCCUGUCUGUUUGCCAGAAAGCAACCUGCCCAGAAGACUGUGGCUGCUGCUGCUACCAUCUGGGGACCCCGGGAGACCCCCCAGCGCGGUAAUGCCAAGCCCUAUUGUGUCACACACUCCCCAGUCCACCUGCUCCUUUGGGAGCAGGGUAUUAUCCCCAGGGCACACAUGGAUUGGCUACCGACUGUGGGAAACUCAAAGUCGCCGAGGACCCAUACAUUUGUAUGCAGCCACUCACUUGGGAUAAUGGCACCCAGUGCUCUCUCCCUGGAAAUCCUAACACCCAAAGAGAAGAACAGACUCAGGAAACCCAUUGUAGAGAAACUGCGCCGUGACCGGAUUAACAGCAGCAUCGAGCAGCUGAAACUGCUCCUGGAGAAGGAGUUUCAGAGACACCAGCCCAACUCCAAGCUGGAGAAAGCCGACAUCCUGGAGAUGACCGUCAGCUACCUGAAAUACAGCCGAGCUUUUGCAGCAUCUGCCAAAAGCCUACAGCAGGAUUAUUGUGAAGGGUAUGCCUGGUGCCUCAAAGAAGCUCUGCAGUUCCUGUCUCUCCAUUCAGCAAACACAGAAGCCCGGAUGAAGCUGAUCUGCCAUUUCCAGAGGUCACAAGCAGUACCUAAGGACUCUGGUUCUUCUUCUGCACCCGCUGCCACCCACCAGCCCCCUGCAAAACAAGCAGCACUGAAACCCUCCUGCAGCCUCUGGAGGCCUUGGUAG